AUGGCUUUUAGAACUACAGCAGUUGUUUGUAGUAGCUUGAAGAAAUGGGCAUAUAAUCUAUCUGGUUUCAACAAAUACGGUUUACUUCGUGAUGACUGCCUUUAUGAAAAUGAGGAUGUCCAAGAAGCUCUACGUCGCUUACCUGCUCACGUAGUUGAUGAACGCAAUUUUCGCAUAAUCCGAGCUGUUCAACUUUCCCUUCAAAAAACCGUUUUACCGAAAGAAGAAUGGACCAAAUAUGAAGAAGACAAGCUCUAUCUUACACCUAUAGUAGAACAAGUAAAAAAAGAACGACUUGAACGAGAACAAUGGGAAAAGAACUACUAA